AUGCAUUUUUAUUUUUUUGCAGGCAAGAGUGAGAAUGAUAGCAUUCAAAGUGGGUAUGCAUUCUUACCAUAUGACUUGAUUUGACAGAAAAAGUCCAAGAUCUCUGCAUCUCGCAAGCUGAUGCUAAAGAGUCUUAUGGUGGCUAAAGCGAAGGAGGAGUUAGAACAAGAGCUGGCAGAUAAAGAGGACGAGAAGGAGAAAUAUCUGUCUGAGAAAGCUCCUCAGCUGCAGACUAGUGGGAUGUCCUUUGCUGAGCUACAGGAGCUAUGUCGUGAACUUCAUGCUAAAAUCGAUGUGGUGGAUGAAGAGCGAUACGACAUUGAGGCGAAAGUACUUCACAACACAAGAGAAAUUAAGGAUCUGAACAUCAAAGUCCUGGAUCUGAGGGGUAAAUUUAAACGCCCCACCCUGAGGAGAGUCCGGGUGUCGGCCGACGCCAUCCUGCGCUCCCUGCUGGGCUCCAAACACAAGGUGUCCAUGGACCUCAGAGCAAACCUCAAAUCUGUCAAGAAGGAAGACACAGAGAAGGAAAAGACAGUGGAGGUCAGUGACUGGAGGAAGAAUGUGGAGGCCAUGUCUGGAAUGGAAGGAAGGAAGAAAAUGUUUGAUGCAGCACAAUAAACAUCUGAUCAAAAUCAGCACCUGCGAGAAUCCAACUAAGGAUGAAGACGAAAACCGGAGACAAUGCUAAUUCAAAAUGCAUUAUCAAAUAUCGAAAAACAUUUAUCUAAUUUUGUUAAAGUGCCUCAAAUCCAUAUGAGAUAUACAAAUACAUAUACAUCUUUUUUUAAAUACAAAGCUAUUUGCCAGUGUGUUCAGUUAACUUCAAGAAAGUAGGCCUUAUUAAGUUCACGUUACACUAUUAGUGUUGAUUGUACUGUAAAUAAAUUGUGUAAUCUGCA